GAUGUCAGAUAAGCAGAUAAACCCCUAUAAGCAAAACACCUCUGCAACUUCAAGCACACUAGCCUACCCUGGACCACGCUUAAGCAGAUUCAACAUCUAUACAAGCAGCAUGGAACGCCGCACCUCAACGGAUACAGUGAGCAGCCGCUCCUCCGACUCUGGUUACCCAGACUCCCUACACAGCUGCAGCGGACAACAUGCAGAAUUCACCGCCUCUGCAGUCAUCCAUCUCGAGUACUCGGUGGAGCAAGUAUCUGGUUUGCUAGAACUCGAUAACCUGCGGCUCUUGACGUGCAAGGAAGCGACACUUCGCGACCACCUCAAGCGAUUCGUUGUGCUGGAUCACAACGUUGAUAGACUCUUUGGCGCCCGUAUCAGAGCAUACUUUGCCCACCACCAAGUUGAAACACACUACCAUGUCCUGCAGGCUCUUGAGGAGCACAAGACGUUUGAGGCAGUUCUAGGCGUGUGUGAGGCAAUCAAAAAGUUUGGCACCGACAGGCGAGAUCCAGUACUGGCAUUCGGUGGCGGUGUAGUGCUCGACGUGGCAGCGCUUGCAGCCAACCUUUGGCGCAGAAACACACCCAUCAUCAAGAUUCCAACGACGCUGCUCGCCAACAUUGAUGCGUCUAUCGGUGUCAAGACGGCUUGCAACUUUUUGCAUGAAAAGAACAAGCUCGGCACGUACAAUGCACCGCUUGCCGUGUUUCUGGAUGCGGAGACGUUUUUGCCAACCAUUUCUGACCGGCAAAUGGCGAAUGGCAUGGGUGAGAUCCUCAAGAUGGCACUCAUCAAGGACGCAGAGCUGUUCCGCUUGCUCGAGCAAGAUCCACGGCAUCCACAGGUUGUACGGCGCGCGAUUCAAGGCAUGCUAGAGGAGCUCGAGCCAAACUUCGAAGAGGCGACGCUCUACAGGAUUGUCGACUUUGGACACACAUUCUCUCCGAUGCUCGAGAUUGCUGCCUUGUCCACAGACAAGCCCUUGCUGCACGGUGAAGCGGUUGCCAUUGAUAUGGUGCUGUGCAUGAUUUUGUCUGAGCGGCUAUCGCUCGUCUCGAGCAGUGAUGUGGCGCGCGUGCUAGCGGUGGUCAAAAAGUUGGGUUUGCCGGUUUGGCAUGACGCGCUGACGGUGGACAUGCUGUUGCAUGCUCAAGAAGACACAAUCAAGUCUCGUGGUGGCAAGCUGAGGUUGCCUGUGGUGUGUGGUGGCAUUGGUCAAUUUGCAUUCUUGGAUGGUGUGGAUGAGGUUGUGUUGAGAGAAGCGUUCAGCAAGCUGUCUACGCUGCAGGUGUCUGUGUAGCUUCUUCCUCUUGCUCCUUACCCUCUGGCUUCAACACUGCGUCCACCUCUUUGCAAAUGGCACUCAGUUUGCCCCACUGCUCCACAGUCAAUGCAAUGCCCGUCUUUCCAUACUUGAGCUCAUCCGUCUCCUUGUCGCGGUAAAACUCGCGGAUAUGCACCAAAGUCUUGCCUUUAAAGUCUUUGACUUGGACGCGUCGUAAUUCAGAGAGAUCCCAAGAGGCAAUGGGUUCGUCGACAGCUUGUUUCUUGGCAGACGCGCCAGUAGAUUUGCCGGUGUAUGCUCGCUUCAUGUUGUUGUCUCUGCCCAGGUGUCU